UUUUGUAAGGAUUUAUUCCCUCAUAUUGGGUUUAUCGAGAAGCUACAAGACAUUCUUCAAAGGUGGAGAAUGGAAGUCACAAUUCGACGAUCUGUUCAAUGGCUUCCAGUUGCGGGUCGUUGGACUCGUAUCUCAAUAAUGGGUACAAAUUUUGAUGAGCAUCUUCAUUUUCACGAUAGUGACACACGAACGACUGCUAUACUUCUAAUACCAGGUAAUAGGAGAGUAGCAUGCUCAAGGAAUGACUGUUCCCAACACAACAUUCCAAUCAUAAUCAUCAGU